AUGAAGCUCUCCCUCCUCGCCACCGCUUGCGUCGCACUCGCGCAGGCUUCAUUCGUCGCGGCGACCUACUUCACAUCUCCCCAACCUGGUGAUACCAUCAGGUGAGAACAUUAUCACAACGCUUGUGGGCAGUUGUGUCAAGCACGUUUCCGGGUGGUGUGCUCACUCCUCCCGCUCGCACCAUGUCGUCCCACUAGCAAUGCCGGGGGGCUCAAGGUGACAUGGAAGUACCAACCCGGAGGAGCACCGAAAGGAACCUGCAUCCUCGAGACGGUGCAAGCCUCGGCUCGACAAAACACUCAAGUCGUGAUCGCGAGCGAAGUCGAUCUCGUCAACACCGCGAGUGUGACGAUCCCGAUUGACCUCAACGCGCGCAAGUCGUCGACCAACACCUAUGUAAGUUCUGGAGCAAAUCAUCUGGGUAGAACGUGGAGACUUGGCUGCGUGUUGCAGAGACGUCAAGUUCGACCCAUCGAUCGGCACCAAGGGAAAGAAACUACGACAGGGACAGAAUCCCAAGAAAUCCCACGAGGUCGAUCGCUUCUCCCAUCUCGUUCAAGAGAUCAGAUCGACCAGGCCUGGGAUCACGAACAUCAUCGACGUCGGCUCCGGAAGGGUGAGCUCUUGUGAGCGCUCGUCUCACGCCCGCUUGAUCAGAGAGCUGACGCAGUGAUCGUAUCAUAUGCUCAUGUGGGGACAUCUAUCACGUGUACUCACGCUUCCCCCCCUGAAGCUCGAUGUUCUCGCCGUCGAUUGGUCGUCACAGCAGAUCUCGGGAUCCGAAUAUCUCGAGACCCUCGGCAAAGCACGUUCGGCUCCUAACCAAACCGAAGUCCAGCCAUCCGUUGAUACACCGGCAACAAGCCCAGUUCCCGAAAAAGGCACUUUGACGCAUCUCACAUCUUCAUUGGACGCCCCGUCGAUCGCGCAACUCUACACCCUGCCCCAAGCUGCCGAAAAUGCCGAGCCACCAGCACGAGACGUCGAGCCAGCAAUGUUGGUCACAUUGCAUGGAUGCGGCGACUUGACCAUCUCUGCACUCCAAGUUCUCUUUCUAGCUCCUUGCCCACUCCCGACUGCGAUCCUUGUUGGCUGCUGCUACAAUCUGCAAACGCCUUCCUCGUUUCCGCUUUCUGAUUUUGUCGCUCGAGCGCUCGACACCACCUCACUAGGGUCAGAAACGAAGGAACCAAUGACACGGUUACAUCUCAGGAUCUCACCUCAAUCUCCUGGGUUGUGGUGCCUCACCCCCACGAGUCAACAAGAGCUCAAGGAAUCGAUCGUCAAACUGGGCUAUCGAGCACGACUCGAAGCCGAACUAGCGGCCCAAGGUCUAGGCUCCGAAGGGCAACGUCGUGUAGGAAGGGUGUCCAAGUCGCAAGAUUUUGACGACUAUCGUCUCAAAGCUUUGAGGAAAUACGGCGAAACGGAGGUCCCUCGCUUGAGAUUCGGGUCCGACGAGAUGGGCGAGGAAAAGGCCUGGAUCGAGGCGUUGUACCAGUUGCAGGUGUUUUGGACGUUGAGGUGUCAUCUGGGUCCUGUUCUGGAGACGUUGUUGGUCUUGGAUAGGUUUGCAUUCUUGGUUGAACGGUUGGGGGAGGUUGAGCAGGAGCAGGAGCAGGAGCAGGCUUCGUCGAGGAGGUCAUUGGUGUUGGAGUUGAGAAAUUUGUUCGAUCAGAGCUCGGGGAGCGUGAGGAAUAUGGCGCUGGUGUUGAGGUAG